AUGGGUCUUUACUCGGAUCCCCCCGCGUUGCACCCGUUCAGCGAGGACAAGCCGACAUUGCUGGUGUGCUGGUGGAUUACCAGUUUCUGUGCCGUAAUCAUUGCGCUGCGGGUCGUUGGGCGCUUCAUCCGGACUGAGAAGCUCUUCAACGAGGACAAGACGGCCGCCCUGGCGCUUGUGCCCCUGUUCCUGCGCAUUGGCUGCGUCCAUGUCAUUCUGGUUUAUGGCACGAAUAAUGCCCAGCUCGACAGGGCUGGCCUUUCGGACGAACAACUCCACCAAAAGUCGAUCGCUAGCGGGUUGGUGUUGCUGAGCAGGGUUUUAUACGCCGCAACUUUAUGGGUCCUCAAGUAUGCGAUCCUCGAAUUCUUCAGGAGGCUUAACGUUAACUGGAGACGGACGUAUGACCUGGCCCUGGUGUUCAUUCGCGGCCUCCUUAUCACGACCUUCAUCGCCGUCGUGAUAAGCAAUCUCGCCGAAUGCCAGCCCUUCUCUCACUAUUGGCAGGUGCUCCCUGACCCAGGGGGGCGAUGCCGUCAGGGCUAUGCGCAGCUCCUCACCAUGGCAAUCUGCAAUGUUGUCACAGAUUUGAUGCUGGUCCUGUUCCCCGUUCCGGUCAUCCUGAGCAGCUCCAUGAGCGCAAAGCGCAAGUUCCAGCUCGUGCUGUUGUUCUCCCUCAGCCUCGCCCCGGUUAUCGUCACCAUCUACCGAGUGCCACGCAUUAUCGAAGACAACGGGAGCCAACAAACUCGGUCGCUCUACGCUUCCAUCGAACUGCUCUUCGCGACCGGCGCGGCGAACGCCUUGGUGCUGGGUUCCUUUGUGCGGGACAGAGGCGUCAAGAAGAGGAGGUUCAAGUACGACUCGAUCGCAGGGGGCUCGGUGGAUCGCUCAUCGGCAACCGAGUCUCGACGGCCGACGGUUUUGCGAUUUUGGGGCAGCGAUGAAGAUCUCGUCCGAGAUUUGGGCCUGGGCAUGAAGCCCGAAUUGCGAGAUACGCACCUCGCUCCAACCGAGAACCGGCAGUACAUGCCCGCGCCGCCCGUCAACAUGCACAACGACAUGAAUUCAUGGCGGUUCCCAGCGCAGGAGAGAGAGAGCAUGUCUCGAAGCGAGGAGCGCGGCGAGUCGUCGAGGAGCGAUUCCAGCGGUGCCCAUAGAAGGGUCUCCUUUUUCGACUACGGCGGUUUGCUCGACGACCAGAACCAGCACAACCGACAAGAGAGCAACACGUUCAACGACCUGUCCGGUAACUCCUCAACGACCGUUCCCCCGCCCGCAGUGCCGGCAAGCGGGAAUGGCUUCAGGAGAGGGUCGGCUGCACUGCUGCAGGAUCUGGGCCGUUUCUUGUCGCCGACGAUGUCGAAGCAGUCACCAACGUCGCAGCGCGAUGCAGGAGGACAGCAGGAGCUGCAGCUCAUGGAUGUGGGUGGUUUACUCGAGCCGCCGAAACCCUGA